AUGGCUCGCGAGUCGGCAAACACUAACUUCCCAUUUUGGCAAUGGUGCAGUUGGGUGAAGCGGAUUCUGUUGAGGGAUAACUUUGAAGACCAGCGAUGGAAACGGCUUGUUGACCCUUCAGUCAUACAAAUUCUGGUAUACGAUGUGAUGAAGGAUGUAGCGUCUGAUCUACACCCACUAGGCGAUCUCACAACCAAGCUGGUAAAUGCUACCUUGAGGAGUUGCAAAGGGGGUAUGAGAUGGGAGAGAUCAAUGAUAUCUUAUUUUCCUAAUCCGCUAGCACUUAUCAUCAGGCAUCGUGAAUCACUCUUUCGCCUGCCCCCUUUUGCGGGCCCGCUAAAAUGGGUGAUAAAUCUGGUCUCCCGAGAGUAUACUUUCUGUAAAGCACCCAUCAGGGUAGAUAUGCGAGGAAUACUACUCCAUAUAAUAUGGAUAUUUAUAGCUGGCGAUAAUUUCGACAAUUGUAAGGCAAGGCAUGCCGAAUUUUCAAAAGGGUCCUACCUGAUAUCCAAGGUUAUCACCAAAAUACCGCCGUUUCGCAUCGGUGCCCUUCCACAGUGGCAGCUAAAGCGAAUGAGCAUGAAAGAUUCUUUCGGCCCCCAGGCCUUUGUCUUUUGGUUCGUGCACUCUCUUCAUACUAUUCACCAAUCGCUGCCGUCAAGGUUGCUUGCAACCUUCUAUCGCGACGUUGUCGAAUAUCGCUUUCCGAUGAAGACGCUCGAAAUGCUAUCCUCGGCCGUUGAGUUGGGCUCGGACCCCCCUUUCCCUUUUUUUGAGCUGAGUCCCCAGCGAUGUGUUGCCAACAUCCGAACGAGCGAGCGUCUUCGUCUCAUUUGUGGGAGAUGGCCUCGUUGUAGAGGGAUCGAAUGCUGGAUAAUUGCUGCUCCACUUCUCUAUGGGAACUGCAGACUGGGAGGUAAGAAGGGCAAUCUUGGCGAUGAGCAUAAGGCUCUGGUCCAAGAAGGGAGAAAUGUUGAUGUCUUGGGAUUCUUGCUUUUUUUCAACUUAAAAUAUUUUGCGGUGAUAUGUACGAAUGAACUUGCACAAACUUGUCCUAGAAUAUAUGGAUGUAGUCUGCUGAACGUUCCUCAACGUAAGCAAGGGUCAACCACCAAUAAAGCUAAACAAAUUGCCGCAGUGCAACCCCGUCCGCAUCAACACCGUCAAUUGGAUACCAAAAGAACGCCAUGCAUCAGCAUACGAAGCCUUUGGAACACGAAAGAAAAUGCCCCACAACCGAAACUUUUAAUCCUCCAAGAACCGAUCGAGGGAAGCAGAGGGCGGCCUACCCUGCUUCCGAAGACCUUCGAGAUUAUGACAUCCGGCUCAAAACUCUCUGCUGCAGCUACUAUACGCGCACGUCUACCUCAAAACACCCCCCAGGCGGUGCCAAUUCGCCCACCAACCGGUGGAAAGGAUAAAAGUAGCAGCAACGAGAACACAAGCAAAGAUAUCAUCGCACUGCUCAACGAAGAAGUAGACCGAGAACUCUAUCCAAAAUUGAUAUUCCUGAAAACUCUGUCACCAUUCAAAGACGGACCCGUUCGGCGCGAUUCAUCGGGUGGUUCGAUUGACGAACACCGACGCAGAUUCCUCGACGCGUUUGCAUACUUGUGCGAUGUUGAGAAGGGAGGGGGUACUGUGACCGCAUGCGCGCUGCAGAAGGUCAAUGGGGAUAUUGUAAUGUGGCUGGCUGCGAAUGAGCAGAUACGGCCGGUGGUGGUCGAUUUUGCGAAGGAUGUGCUGAAGAGGUUAAAGAAUGUUACGGUAGAGGAGAGGAAGGGGGUUGAGGAGGAGAUCUUGGAUGUGGCUGUGAAGAAAGGGAAGAAGCGGAUUGCAUUUUAUAGAACGAGGCUGGGAAAUUGUGCGGAGGCAUGCUGCGAAGAGCUAGUGACGAAGUCAGGUGAGUUGGCGGCAACGCAGAGUGAGCCCUUUUCUUAUUUAGAAGAUGACUUUCUUCGAACCUGGGUGAAGAAUUUAAAAAAGGAGUUGGGUCAUAUCUCGACACUAGAGCUUGUUAAGUUCUGCUAUGGACUGCGAGGGGAUGGUCUGGAGUUGCUUCGAGCCAGAUCUCUGACCGAAGACGACUGCUUUGGACAGUUGGCUCAUUUGGUCGGACGACUAGGCGCACACAAGUCGAAAGUGCUGACUUUAGUGGAGGCGAUGCUUGAAGUUCCUUCCUUACGGAACAUUGGGGACAUCCGGGCUGCGUCGUCACCCCCGAAACGCAAAGUGAGAGUAGUGCCUGAGACAACUCACCAUUACGAUAUGAUCCUGGGUAUCUGCAGAAAAGAGUCAAUCGUCAAUACGAUGCAAGCUCGACAAGCUCUGCACGCCCUAUGUGAUCUGGAACUCGAGCACGGUCUCGACCUCCGAGGAAAGAUCGAAGCUGAAAGCUCCAUUGAUACUCGUGUGCACGCCGAGCUGAUAUUAGUGGACCUUUUCGCUCGUGGUGGUUUCGGCUUCGUUGAAAACGAUCGAUAUAUUGGCUGCAGCAAGCCAGCCUGUUACUUCUGUUUCAACUGGAUCGCGCUCCACUAUGCUAGAUACGUGCGCCCUGCGACACAUAACAAGAUCAUCCUUGGAUGUCGAGGAUUAGACUCGGAACUUAAUGCAACCGGAAGAAACCGUCUUAAGGGGAUGAAUAAGAAGAUGAUUGAUCAGGUCGAGAAGGAUAUCAUUCAAGCUCUUUUGGAGAGGCAAGCACAAGGUACUCGAGCGAGGGCACAUCAUAUGUCGAGUGAGGGUUCAAGUAGAGCACAGAGCGAUCGUAAAGGCUUUGUUUAUCAUUCGAGCAUUAUCGUGAGCACUGAGUAUAGAAAAGGGCAACGCGACUCAGAUAUUCAGUGAUACGUAAGUAAUUAAAAGGGCGCCAGAGAAACAAUUUGAGACACAGGGUGUAAUA